AUGGAUAGGAAACUCCGAGUAGUGAAUAGUGAGCUAUAUCGCAAGGGAUUGGUUAUAACGGUUGUGUUAAUUCGUCGUGGGAUUAUAUUGAUAAGAUUAUUCAUUACUACUAAGAAAAUUAAUAGGAAGAAAGAAACCUUGCAAAGGGACAUGGAAGCAUCCUUUGAGAACUUAACUAUGCAACUUGGUCUAGUAUCUAGCCAAUUAGCAUUAAAAUUGAGCUCUAGUGGGGAGUUCGAUGGGAAAGUUUUAGAUAUUCCCGAAGAUAAGGAAAUUGAAAGAGAAUUCCAACAGGAAUGUGAGGUCGUCGAUGAAGGAAGAAUUGAAAAAAAGAAAGAAGAAGAAAAGUGCACACCAUUUGAUAAAGAAAUAGAAGCAAGAAUAAAAGAAGUGAAUGUGAAAAUUAUAUGUGGGAAAAGAACAAGAAUGGAAUGGGUCCAAAGUGAAGUCACUCCUCUCGAGCAUCAUCAUCAAUCAGAUAAGGGCAGAGUGGACCAAACAAAACCAACACUUGAACAACACCAUGCAAGACAUUUACAAAAUUGUAAUUUUAGCAGUGAACAGAUGAACCAUAAACAUCAUCAAAACAAAGAUUGGACAAAGGAAGGGAUUGGCCAUGUCAAGAUAAGAUGCAAGGGAAGAGAUUCUGUACCUGAUGAUGAAUCUGUACAAAAGCUUUGCAAUGAGGUUCUGAACUUUUGCUCCCAGAGGCCAAACACAAAGAAAUUUGAUUUCAAGAUAAUAACCAUUGAAUUUGAUGGCAAACGCAUUAAGUUGCAAACCUGGGAUACAGCUGGCCAAGAGAGAUUCAGAACUAUUACUACAGCUUAUUACCGUGGAGCCAUGGAUAUCUUGCUGGUUUAUGAUGUUACUGAUAAAGCAUCUUUCAAUAAUAUUAGGAAUUGGAUUCGCAAUAUUGAACAACAUGCUUCUGACAAUGUAAACAAGAUACUUGUGGGAAACAAGGCUGAUAUGGAUGAAAGUAAAAGGGUCGUACCUACCUCCAAAGGUCAAGCUCUUGCUGAUGAGUAUGGUAUCAAGUUCUUCGAAACCAGUGCAAAAACAAACAUGAACGUGGAGGAGGUUUUCUUUCCAAUAGCAAGAGACAUCAAGCAAAGGCUUGCAGACACAGAUUCAGGAUCCGAACCACCGGCAGCCUUUCCAAAUGCAACAAUAGGAUUGCAAUGCGCCCCUUGA